AUGCUUUCGAUAUCUUUCACGGAGGAGGAUGCUAAGGGAAUAGUUUACCCUCAUGAUGAUCCGUUGGUGCUAAUACUGACGGUAAAUGGAGCAGAUAUCAAACGGGCACUCGUUGACGGCGAAAGUUCCGCAAAUAUUCUGUUUGCUAGGGCUUUUGAUGCCAUGAGGAUUGGCCGAAAAUACUUGACGCCAGUGUCCUAUCCCGUGAUAGGCUUCAACGGAUCGACGGUACGACCUGAAGGUAGCAUUGUUCUUCAGGUUCGAAUGGGAAAGGGUCCGGCAGUAAGAGAUGUCAUGGCAGAGUUUUUGGUGAUUGAUGUGCCAUCCGCUUACAACGCCAUUGUCGGUAGGCCUUUAAUUCAUGAUAUGCAAGCUGUGGUGUCAACGUACCACUUAACCAUGGUAUAUGUAUCCAACGCGGGAACAACAGAGCGCGUACGGGGUAGUCAGAAUAUGGCAAGGGAGUGUUAUGUAUCGGCACUGAAGCAACCAGGCCGACAUCCAGCUGGUGAACGGACACCAGCCAAGCGACAACGAAUUCCUUCCACGCAUGACUUGGCUAUGGAAAAUUUUGAUACUAGGCCGGUAACUGCUCCACGUCCUUCCCCGGGAGGCGAGACUGUCGAGAUCGAGUUGCAGCCCGGAGUGCCCAGUAGGGUAGUGCGUGUGGGAUCCGAUAUGGAUGUCGACACGCGCUGCCAUUUGGUGGAAUUGUUGCGAGAAAGUGCUGACGUAUUUGCUUUCUCGGCGGACGAGAUGCCCGGGAUACAUCCCGACGUCAUAGUGCACAAGCUCAAUGUCGACAGGAGAGCAAGACCUGUUCGACAGAAAAAAAGGAACUUUUCAACAGAGAAAAUGGAGGUUAUUCAAUCAGAGGUGAACAAAUUGCUAGCGGCCGGUUUUAUCGAACCCUGCACAUAUCCCGAAUGGUUAGCGAAUGUGGUCAUGGUAAAGAAGCCGUCAGGGAAGUGGAGAAUGUGCGUGGACUUUACGGACUUGAACAGAGCCUGUCCGAAAGAUUGCUAUCCUUUACCGAGGAUAGAUAGAUUGGUAGAUUCAACUUCCGGUCACGCGCUACUGAGCUUCAUGGACGCUUUCUCUGGGUAUCACCAGGUCAGCUUAUAUGAGCCGGAUCGAACCAAGGCGGCAUUUUAUUACCGAUUCCGGAGUUUUUUGUUACAGGGCUAUGCCGUUUGGAUUGAGAAAUGUAGGGGCCACAUAUCAGAAACUGGUCGACAAGGUAUUUGCGAACCAGAAAGGAAGGAAUGUAGAAAUGUACGUGGACGAUUCAAUUGUGAAAAGCCGUUUGGCUACGGAUCACGUCGCUGA